GAGGAAGAUACAAAGUUUCCAGCGGGGAGAGAGAGACUUCCCCGAGCCCCGGAGCCUUUCUCCCGGCGGUGUGAUGCCUCCUAAAAGGCAUGGAAAAAGCAAACUCCCCACUCCUCUUCAAGAAGGGGUAAUACUGAAAGAUACCGAAAAAAGAGAGUGGAGACUAGGUCGUAUGAUUGGCCAGGGAGGAUUUGGCCUAAUCUACCUAGCUUCCCCUCGCCUUGAUGUUCCCGUAGAAGACAGUGCAGAACAUGUCAUUAAAGUGGAAUACCUCGAAAACGGACCCUUGUUUUCUGAACUGAAAUUCUACCAGCGAGCUGCAAAACAAGAGCAUAUCAAGAAGUGGAUGAAGCUGAAACGAUUGACAUUUUUAGGAAUUCCUUUCUUCUGCGGAGCUGGCCAGACUGAACAUAAUGGCAAAAGUUACAGAUUUAUGGUGAUGGAAAGGUUAGGAGAGGAUCUGCAAAGCAUCUUUGAAAGAGGAGGACAAAAGUUCAGCAAGGGAACGGUUCUACAGAUUGGAGUCCGCAUGCUGGAUGCUUUGGAAUACAUACAUGAAAAUGAAUACGUUCAUGGGGACAUUAAAGCAGGAAAUUUGCUUUUGGGCUACAGAAAUCCACAUGAGGUUUAUCUUGCUGAUUAUGGACUCGCCUACAGAUAUUGUCCCGAUGGGAACCACAAAGAGUAUCGGGAAAAUCCUAAGAAGGGCCAUAAUGGGACCAUAGAGUUUACCAGCUUGGAUGCCCACAAGGGAGUAGCUCCAUCCAGACGAGGAGACCUUGAAAUUCUUGGCUUCUGCAUGCUCCAGUGGAUGUGUGGGAAUCUGCCCUGGGAGCGAAAUCUGAGGAACCCUGAUGCUGUCCGGGAUGCAAAAGCAAAGCUCCUGGACGAGCUCCCAGAUUCAGUGACAAGAUGGGCUCCCGCGGGAACAGACUGUAGUGAAAUCGCCAGGUUUUUGAAAAAUGCAUCUGAUUUAGCGUACAAGGAGAAGCCUGAUUAUGAAGCACUAAAGAAAAUCCUCCUGGAUGGUCUGGAACACAAAGGAGUCUGUUACAAUGGGGCACUGAAUUUUACCGCUGCCAAAAGACCUCUGAAUGAAUCUGCUGCUAAACACAAGAAAGUUGAUUUGCCAAAGCCAGUGCCAAGGCAAGUUAAAGAAGAGAAGGGAAAGGAGUUCGAAAGCAAGGACCUCUCCUAUCGUAAAAGAGCCGCUGUGGGAAUGAAAAGCAGCCAAGGACAAGACGAGCAGAUGCUGGCUGGGCUGAGCAAGCAGCUUCAGAAUGAAGCGCCAGCUGAGACUGGAGGAAAGCCAGCUGGAGCCACAACCGAUGUUUACAGGAGGAAGUUAGUCAAGAAAAGUAGAGAACUACAACCCAUCUGCAACACCUUCUGGCAAAUUGAGGAAAACUCCAUAGGAAAUGGUGUUAAAUAUUCUGAAGCCUUUCAACCAGAACACUUUCAGACUUCAACCAGCUCCUCUAUAUGCAGCACUUUGGCGUCUGGAAUUCUUGAAGAGUCUGGACUUCGUGAAGAAUUGUACCAAUACACUAUAAUCAUCAUCGUCCUCUUCUUCUUAAUACUGCUUUCUGUGUAUUUUCUUUGAUAUCAUGUCUAAUGUGUUAGCAUUCUUAAGACCGCACAUAUAUACAUAGUUUACAGGCUUCUGAAAUUCCACUUCAGACUUUCUUCAUAGACAUUUUCAGUGUUAUUGGCUGGAAUGGUUUUUCAAAGCAAGGUGAGUUGUUACAAAAUUAAAAAUCAAUAAAGUACUUGAAUUUUGCUUACA